AUGACACUGAUCACCACCUUCCUCACGUCCCUCUACCAAGAUUUUUACCAUCACGUCUUUCUCCCUCUCCUCCCCCACCUCCGCCUCUUUCUCACCACUCACUUCACCCCCCUCUCCCUCACUCUCCAAGUCCUCCUCACUGCCCUCUCAUUUCACUUCUUACCCUUCAACGAUGUUGUCGCCUCCCUCUUCCUCUUCUACGCCUUCAACCCCGCUAUCCUAUUUACACUCGCAACCAUCCUCUCGUUUCUCUUCCCACUCGAGCUCUACGAGGAAGAGGUCGAGUUCAUCGUCUCCUGCCGCGACGUUGGGCUCCGUACAGUCGAGAUUUGUACCAGCGGCGUCAAGUCGCUCGUCCGGCGUAUACACCUGGGGGUGCAUAUAUUUUGCAGCGCAGCUAUCGAAGCGGCGCGGGAUGUCCAGAAGUUGUGGGUGCAAGCGGACCUGGGGAGGGGAAUAAAAGCGAGCUGGGAGUGGUUUGUGAAGAACGUUGUUGUGAGAGUAGAGUUCAUCAGUGAUGAAGUUACCGCGGCGGUUGAAGCUGCGACCCCCAUCGAGGCCGAAUCAAAGAUCGAGGUUGUAAUUGAGAGUGUUAUGCCGCCCCCGCCGGUGAAAAUGCACAGACCACCACCAGUCAAAGAGCGUCCCCCUCCGCGCUGCCCCAGUCCGUUCAAGUCAUCUUCUAGGUCGAGCUUUAGCGGGGGACAAAGGUCCAGGCUUUAUCGCAAAAGCUCCGACUACUACAAGCAGCACGACUCGAAGAACUGUUUAACUGUUGUCAAUAGAGCUAGUAUAUGGGACUCAGUACCAGCUGAUAGGGGAAGGAAGAAAGUACCGGUCGAUAGUUGUGCUGUUGUGGCUGCCAAGCCGAUCAUUGACGUUGUCACACCGAAGCCAAUGAUCAAAAAGACAGAAAAUAUGGCAAGCAUGGGGAAGCCAGUAACAGUCCAGGAAUCCCCGAAAGAGUUGGCUGGAAAAACUGAGGAUGCGGCUACAGAAUCGCUUAAAGGUGUAGAGAGGUUACCUGUUAAACUACACAUUGUUCAUAAUAUAGCUAUUGGAUGCGUGCCUGCUGAGCACGCACGAGAGAAAGUUAUCACGCAGGACAAAGAGGAGGGAGAAGUAAAAGAUCUUGGGGUGAAGAAAGAAAGGGGGGAGAGGGCAGAAGAUCCCGUAGAGCAGGCACGCCCCAAAGAAGAAGAAGUGCCCAUCCAAAUCAAGGGUACUACGGGGCUCCAGAAAAUUGAAACCCAGAAGCACAGUACUGCUCAGGCUCAAGUCAACAAGGCUAUUAUCGCUGAGGGUGGAAUUAAAUUUAUCGAGUGCCUGAUAAUACAUAUCAACGAGCUUGAGAAGGUCAGCACAGAGGUGAACCAGGGCGGGGGGUUUGUGACGGAGGGGAACACAGUAGUCUUCAAUAGCCCCAUUUCUGGUGUCCUGGGACCUAGGACCGCCGCCCCCGACGUUGCUAUCUCCAAAGACCACCACCCCACCGCUGUCGAAGUCACUACCGUCCCUGAAGUUGCGACCACUUCUACCCUACCAGUCUCCCAGGCUCUGGAUAGAGACACUGUCGCGGGAAGCUCUACCUCUAUAGAGGUUACUUCCGCUACCGGAGCUGCGACCACUGUUGCUCUCCCAACCUCAGAGGUUCUGGAUAGAGAUUCUGUCAUAGAAAUCUCUGGGUGCCCCAUUGUCGAAGUCACCAGUCCCAUUUCCAACAUCGAAGUCCUUACUCCUGUCUGGGUGUGCGGCGUUGUAAAAGGACUCGAGUCUGUCUUUACCCCAGAAUUAUCUAGGAGCCUUUAUGUUACUGGGGUUGAUCAUGUAACUCACAUGCAAGAUGUUUUUUUGCCUACUCACAUUGUUGAGGAUGAGAGCCUUGGAGAUACCACUGAAGAAAUGGAGCAGUGUGAAGAGUUGGAUCCAGAGGUAACAGGAGACAAAGACGAGGAAAUGAUAGAUGGAUGGGAUGUGCAGGCCGUAGGAGAUGAGGAAAUGGAGGAGGCCCCAUUGGAUCUUCAGAUGAUAGAUAAAGCUCAGCUUUUCUACGAAGACCACAAUGCUCAAGAGGAUACCAUGGACGACAUUUCUUACACCUCCGAGAAUUCUGAAUCUCAAGAGAUGGAAAUAGAAGAGUCGAGGCUAGAGAUUAUUUCCAGCCAGGAGAUGGAAAUAGAGGAAAUAGGACUAGAAGCUACCUCCGGCCAGGAGAUGGAAAUAGAGGAGACAGGACCGGAAGUUAUCUCCAUCCAGAGCUUUAAUAUUGGGGCUUCUCAGCACCAAUCAUUUUCUGUUACUCCUUUUAUGGUCGCCCCCGUCUGCUAUUUUCCUUCAACUCCUAUCCACGACAUUCUUCUCGAAUCUAUCUUCGCACCAUCCCCAGUUUUUGCUCCAGGUUUGUCCGAUCCCCUCACCGCUUGUCAGGUUGUGUCAGACCCGACUAGUGGGUCUAUCACUCAUACUGCCACGUCUCCUACAACUACGUAUUCCAUUCCUCUUGUUCCCGACCUUGCAACAGUCCAAUUCGCGCCCGCUCUAGCUCCAGAUGUAUCUAAUCUGGCCGCUAUUACAGCCAUUCCAGGUGAUCAAGUGCCCGUAACCUCGGUGCAAAUCGCCACACCGACUAUUACCACCGUUCCUGCUUUCCUCCUUGCAUCAGAAGUUACUACCGAAAGUGCCCCGACUCUCUCUGAAAAUCAACACUCAAAGAUAGCUACUGCUUCCAGUUCUAGCACUCCCAUAUUUCAGAGACACCAUGAGUCUGUCACUGUCACCACUGCUGUCAUUGACGAAACUCCCACAUCGAUUAGUGACGACGAAGUAGUAAGGCCUGAAAUUCCCGGUAACAUCCUCAAGACACAAUAUGAGACCAUUGCUGUUGAGACUCAGGCUCCUACUGCUGCUGAGACUCCUGUUGCUGUGGAGACUCCCGCUGUUAUCGAAACUCCGGCUCCCGUCGGAUACUGGAAGGAAAACAUCGCCUCAAGCUCCCAGAUUUCCUCUCCAAGAAGACAAUAUCAGGCGGCGACUUCCAGUACUCUAAUGAGUUAUACAUCUCCUCAACAUGUGGAGACAUCUACUGCCUCUAGUUCCCGUGUUCCCACUCCUAAGAGGCGGUUCGAGCCUGACGCCACUUCUCGAGAUGACCCGGCCCCCAAGAAGGUCGCGCGUAUCAUCGCACCUCUCAGAAAGUCUAUAGACCCUAUAACUCCUAUCAAACCCAUAAAUGUUCCCACGAAGCCCUCAAAAGACGUGAAGGGGAAGGGGAAGGUAAAGGCGAUUGAGACAGAAGAAAUCUGGAGCGACGAUGACGAUGACGCCUUUGACGAUAUGGGAAUAGAUCCCCUGAGAGAUACAUCUGCCGAGGAAGAAAGGUUGCGUAGGGAUUAUUAUAUUAAAACCCGAGAGGGUUGA